AUAGGUUCAGGCAGGAACUAUCACCUAACAAUAGUAGUUGCUGUAUUAAUAUAUAUUUUUUAUUUUAUUAACUAGUAAAUAGUGUUGGUACGGUUUUAGUGACUUAAAAAGUGAUUUCUUUUUCUCUUCCUUUUUUUCUUCAUCUAGACUUUUAGUAGGUGAUAUAAGAACAAUUUAUAUAAGUAUUCAGUUUUUUUUUUUUAUUGUUAGACCUAUAGGAUUUAGUUUACAGGGGAGUUGUGAGUCAAUAGUGUGUAACUUGUGUGAGAAAAAGAUCAGCCCAGCGUCUAAAAUUACAUACAUAUACAUAGGAAUUACACAGAAACAGACAUAAAGGCUUUAAACAUUCUCACGCAGACACGGACAGGGACGCUUAAACACUUCCUUAAACAUCACCGCAGACGCUUAAACACUUCAAAGGUUUUGACAAGGAACGCUUAAACACAUUGCGUAUAUAUAUAUAUAUGUACACUGCACAUGCUUACACAGACGCUUAAACGCAUACACAUACAGAGAAACGUCUAGGCACUCAUACACACGCACAUUUCAUAAACGCAUUGCAAACAGACGCGUUUAGAUAAACACAUACACACACGCUACUACAUGCUUACUAUAUUUAUAUAAUGUGUAUAUGUAGUACGUUUCUGUAUCUCUAUGCACAAAUAUAGUAAGCUACUAUAGGCGGCUGAAAUUAUUCCAAAAUGGAUUAUUUUCGAUAAGACUUAAUGACAUUUGUCAGCUGAUGAAAGCUGCCAGAAACUGUGAACUAGGACAUUCACUUUCCCUGUCUUCCUAACCGAGAUGUUGGAUCAAACUGGAAGUCUAUGGAACAGCUCUAUGUUAAAGCUUUUCACUUUCAUUCUGUUGCUGCAGCAGUUUCUCUGCUGGAAUGACUGUUUUGUGUUUACUUCAGCACCGUCAUCUACAGGCAAAAGAUUUUUAGAUGAUUAUAUAGAACACUACCAUCCAUUAGUCUAUAAUCAUCAUGAAUUGAAUAGAAAUCAUUAUCGCUACAAGCGCUCACUGAAUAGCCAUAUUCUACUUUCUUUCAAUGCCUUUAAUCGAGACUUCACAUUGAAGCUUGAAAAAGAUGACACAAUUUUCGCUCCAGAUCAUGUACAUCAAAAUAGAAAUGGUACAAGGGAACCAGUUGACACAUCCUUUGUAUAUAAAGGAACAGUGUUAGGUUAUUCAAAUAGUAAAGUAUUUGGAGUAAUUAUAGCAAAAUUAUUUCGUGGGGAAAUUUCAAUCCCAAAUGAACCAACUUAUCAUAUAGAGCCUUCCACAAGAUUUUUCAGUACAAAACAGCCAUUCCAUUCAGUAAUUUACUCUGAAAAAGAUCUCAAUGUUGAUCCAUAUAAAGAAAGAAGAGAGAAAGAACAGAAAGAAUUGAAGUUUAAUAAAAAUAUAGGAAGCUGCGCAAAUGACGAUGUCCACGAAUGGAUGAAAUCAGUUCAGUUAUCUGUGAUAAAAUCAAAUGAUCGACAUAAACGGGAGACUACCAGUCAUUCUGAAGGCAGGUUACGAUAUACUCGGAGUGCUAAUCAGAAUGGCAAAAGUUCAGUACGUAAUCGAACAUGUACGUUGUUCCUACAGUCAGAUCCACAAUUAUGGGAGUAUAUGACUGUAACAUUAAAAUAUAAUCCUACACAGGCCAGAGACGAAAUACUUGGUUUAUUUGUAAAUCAUGUGAAUGCAGUUAAAUCGAUCUAUGAAGAUACUAAUUUUACAACAUAUGAUGGGUCAUCUUAUUUUCUUGGUGUCAGUUUUGUUGUACAACGGACUACUAUUAUGACACCAGAAACUGAGAAUUGCAACAGUGGGACAAAUCCAAGUCAGUUCUGCUCUCCAAAUAUUGAUGUGAGCAACUUUCUAAAUCAGAACUCUCUUACUUCUCAUGAUGAUUUUUGUCUGGCCUACAUAUUCACAUAUAGAGAUUUCAAUGGUGGAACUCUGGGCCUUGCUUGGGUUGGAUCUCCUAACACAGCAGCGGGAGGUAUAUGUGAAAGAUUUCAACCGUUCCCCGAAGGUACAAAGAAAGUUGAUAAGAGCUUAAACACUGGAGUUGUAACCCUUGUCAAUUUUAGGCAACGAGUUCCUCCAAAAGUUUCUCAGUUAACAUUUGCCCAUGAAGUUGGUCAUAAUUUUGGGUCACCGCAUGACAAAAGUGUGGAAUGUGCUCCAUAUGGCUCAGAAGAAAAAGAUGCAAAUGAUGGCAAUUAUAUUAUGUAUGCUAGUGCCACCUCUGGUGAUAAGAAGCACAACAGUAUGUUUUCACCUUGCAGCAAAGACAAUAUUACACGAGUACUUGAUGCUGUUAUCAAUUCAAAGAAUGGGAAAAAAAAUUGUUUUGUCCACAGCACAGCAGCGUUCUGUGGUAACAAGCUUGUUGAGGGAGAUGAGCAAUGUGACUGCGGUUAUGAAGAAGACUGUAUUAAUAAUAAAUGUUGUCAUUACCGUGGUAGCAAGGAAGGAAAGCAGUGUACUUUGAAAGCAGGUGCUAAUUGCAGUGAAACAUCAGGUCCUUGUUGUGAUGGGUUCAAGUGUGGGUUCAUAACUGAUAAAUUGUGUCAUAAAGAAGAAGAACAAGGAUGCACUUACAAUUCUUCUUGUGAUGGUAAACGUGCGACUUGUCCAACUCCAUCUUUCAAGAAAAACGAAACACUGUGCAACCACAACAGCAAAAUUUGUCUCGAUGGUCAUUGCAUUGGAUCUGUGUGUCGCAGAAUUAAAUGGGAGGAAUGUUUUCUAACACCUCCUCAGAAUGAUGAAGACUUUGACCGUGAACUACUCUGUUACGUUUCUUGUACCAAGACAGGAAAAGAAUGCAUUAGCUCCAAAGAUAGAGAUAAGGUUAAACUACCUGAAAAUAUACAAUUUCACAAUCUACUUAAAGAAAUUAACCAAAAUAUUGACUAUGCUCCAUUGAAACUUCCGGCAGGAUCUCCAUGUGAUAACUUCCGUGGCUACUGUGAUGUCUUCCAUCGAUGUCGACGAGUAGAUGCGGAAGGACCCCUGGCUCGUUUGAAGAAUUUGAUAUUUAACCCUGAAACUCUUCAAACAAUCAGAGAAUGGAUUAUUGUAUGUAUUACUUUUUAUAAGCUGCUUUAUGUAAAGUAUAUAUGUGCAUGCACACACACACACACACACACACACACACAUAUGUAUGUAUAUAUACAUAUGUGUAUGUAUGUGUAUAUGUAUAUACAUGUAGAUAUAUAUAUAUAUACAUACAUGUGUGUGUAUGUAUAUAUAUAUACGAAAUAUUAUUAUGGAGGCAACACAGGUGAAGUCUAGAAGAGCAUAAUUGAAACAUGCAUCCAAAACUUAUAUAAAUAUAUAUUCUCGAUAAAAUAGAAAUAAAAUUACAAAAUACACAAAUACAUAUAAUGCUCCGUCCAACCCAUGCUAGCAUGGAAAACGGACGCUAAACGAUGAUGAUGAUGAUGAGACAAUAUCAGUGCAAUGCAUAAAAUACGAUUGAAUUUACAUAAAAACGAUUGAAUUUAAAGAAAAUAUCAUUUGUAAGUACAUUUAAAAUCAUACAGUGUAUGAUGAAAUAAAAAAUUUAACUUGAAAGGAUAUAGUAUGAAAAAGACAUAUUAAAACCAACGAAAAAAAAAAUACAAACAUCACAUUUACCGGCUGUUUCAGAGACGUGCCAAGGAAUAUGACAUAUUUCAUAUUAUUCUAUCAUGGCAUGUCUCACAUCGCUGCUGAUGGUUGACCGGCCCUGGCAUGUAGAUGUAUUUAUGAACUUUGCGUAACAUCCUGAUGAGGAGAGUUUCAAUUAUGUUCUUCUAGACUUUGCCUGUGUUGCCUCCAUAAUAAUAUUAUUUCAAAUGUAGCUCACGAGCACUACAUUUUCCUUCUGUAUUAAUGUUUAAUAACAAGCUCUGUGCAUUACACAAGCACACAUUUAAGCCCACCAAAAUAAAUAUUUUCAUAGGAGCAAUUCUCUUUGCUAAGAAAGUGAGGUUUAUUUCUGUUUUCUUUGUUGACAUGAAUAUUGAAAAUUAUCUAAUUGGUUUUUUUUGUUUUUUUUUGUUUUUUUUUAAUGGGUAUCCAUUAUUGCUUAAUGCCUAUUUGAGUAAUAAAACAUCCAGUGAAAUAAUGUAUAAGUUCAGCCAUGUCCCAUUGGAAGGCUACUGUCAUCUUAUAAAAAUCUAAACUAGGUAUUAAGCAGCAGCAACAGCCCACAAACCCUGGCUGAAACCCCUUUUGAUUAUUUAAAAAAAAUUUUUUUUUAUGUUUCAUCUUCCAUCAAAUAUUCUCCACCUUAUAAAGUUAUGUAAUCAACUUUUGAAACAAUUUUUUUUAACCCUUUUAUUUGAACAAUUAAUUUUCUUGUAAGUUUUUGUAUAAAAAUAUUAAAAAUUUUUUACUUU